AUGCAACAUGUUUCUACAUAUCUCAUUGUUCAAAAGUAUUUACGACCUUCUAAACCUUCAGAUUUACACAAAAUAACACGAUCUUCCAAAUCUUCAGAUUUACGACCUUCAAAAUCUUCAUAUUCACACCAAAUAUCACGACCUUCCAAAUCUUCAUAUUCACACCAAAUAUCACAACCUUCACAAUCUUCAUCUUCAAAAAAUACAAGUGAUACUGAAUAUAUAAAUAAACUAAAAGAUCAAAUUUAUAAACUUGAAAAUGAUGUUUUACAAUGGCAAAAUACAGCAAAUGUCCAUGAAAAUUAUAUAAAUAUGUUAGAGGACAAGAUCAAAAUUCUUGAAAAAGAUAUAGAAAACAACUAUAAAGGUUAUAUAUAUGAAUUAGAGGAUAAGAUUAAAAGUCUUGAAGAAGAAAAUGAUAAUAUACAGUUAUUAAAUCAUACUAAAAAAGAUUCAAAAAAUAAGAUAGAUCUGACUACACGAAAAGAACUAAGAUAUAAAAUAUUUGAAGUAUUAAAAGAAAAGGGGCCAAAAUAUAGUUUUAAUAUCAAAAAACCUUGGUGUAAUCAAGAAGAAUGGAUCGUCAAAAAUACGAUUCCAUUAUUGCAAGACUUGGGACUUGAAUACAAUGUAACAAAUAAAUAUUUGUUACAAAUUUUAGAACAAAGACACAGGUCACAGCGUAAAAUGUUAAAAGUCAAACUCGAUCCAGAAAAAUAUGAACUAUUUAAAAAAAGAACUCAUAAAAAUAAUCAUCACUCUGAGAAAUUAUUGCGACGUGCAAAAGCAUUAAAUUUUCUUCAGAGUACAGAAAACAAAUUAGUUGAAAAAUAUAAUUCUGAAGAGCUAAAAGCUCUUAUAUGCUCACGUGAUGUAUACUCUCCAGAAAUAUCAGAUGCAGAAGAUUAUGACAAAAAUAAUAAAAAAUAUAUAAACUGUUAUAAUUUACCCUGGAGGUCAGAUGAGCUUAAAAAACUUCUACGAAAAGUGCUAGAUCCGGUAGCACUCCGUAUAGCACCUUUACACCGGUCAAGACGGUAUAAUGAUGAAGUCUAUUAUAUUGAAGAUCCAGCACUUCCAACAGAUGCUCCUGAUUGGGCAGUUAAAUCUGAAAUUAGGAAGCGCAAACGGAAAAAUCAAGAAGUAGUAAAUAAUAAAAAGCGACAAAGAAUUAAUGUAGAUGAGGAUAUUUAA